CACGGUGACACUUCUCCUGUGACUCUUCUUUCGGUUGUGUGCGAGACAUGAGGGCUUCGAUACUCUUACUUUCUUUGGUCAUCGGCGCCUCAUCUCUACCAGGCGAACUUGAGACAUCUUCAUAUCAAUCUAUUUCAACUUUCCAUGGCGUUAAUCCUGAUUCUGGAGGAGCCUUCUUUGGCAACAGAGAUGGCGCUCCAGCUGACCCGUACCCCGGCUACGCCAGGAAAAACUUUCACGAAGCUGAAGUCCCCUUUUCCCAUCUUGGACAUCGGCAAAAUCCCCUGUAUUUAGAGGUUGAUGCCCAUAGACCUUACCACGAAGAUACAUACAUUCCAGGCAUCUAUCAUCAUCCAGUCAAGCAUGUCCACGGUGACGUACAACAUAUCAGACGUUUUCACAGUUCGGGGUACCCUUUGGGACCUAUUCCGAUAUUUAAACCACCUUGGAAACGUCUUAUUGGCAAUUUGCCUGUUCCUCACGAGGGAUUCAACAGAGAAUACUCGAGGGGUCCUUUCCACAGAAUUCAUUCCUCAUACAGAUUAAGGAAUCCAAAUUACCUUUUAGAACCAAGGAAGCAGAUUCACGGAAACAGACACGCAGAGGAUAUACAUAAGAGGAUACAUUCUCCUCAUUUCUUGACAGAUAAACAUUUUCAUAGGUUGCAUCCUCCGUUUGGUUUCCACCAUAGACACGUGAGAUUUAAAGGAGACGAGCGUCUUCUUGACCCUAUCAGCGAACAUAUACACUCCUUGUAUCAUCAUCCUGAUUUUGAACCUAGUGGCCCUUCUCAUGACCUUAAUACCAUUCCAGUUAACCUCAAGGAAAGUAUCAGAAAUAAUGAGUUUCUGGGAGACAUAACCAACCUACACAAGCCGACUGAAUAUGUUGCAAUUGCAGCGCACCCUGACGGAGGAACAUCAUAUGUUAAGAACAGGAGGAUGGGUAAGAGAGAAGCUAUACCCAGUUCAGGAUCAGGACAAUUACGGAGCAGGGUAUCUGAGGAAAAUUUGGCAGACGUCUUUCUACCUGCUGUAAACAGAAACUUUGAUGUAGGUUCUUCUGACAUGCUCGAAUUCACUCCUGUUAAUAAUCAGUCUGGAAGCUUCAGUGGCUUAGGAGAUGAUUUUGUGAUCAGAUUUCUGAAUAAUAUAGACCUUGGUUUAGAUGGCCUAAACAUUGCUCUCAAUAGUGGGUUCAAUGUUACCAAUGAAGGGAUAUUUUUGGGCAUCCAUACAGAGCCAUCCGGGUCAGAAAUAGCUGUUGGGUCAAAUGAUAACCAAACAAACAACAAUAUUGAUAAUUCCAAUGAAAAGUUGUUAGAUUUCAAAAGCAAGGAUGAUUUCGGGAUGGAAACUCACAGUCUUGGACUUCAACAGAACAGCACAGUUCAAGAAGUGCAGAACAAUGGAGGAACAAUGCAAGGCAAUAAUCAGGAAGAAUCUCAAGGAGACCAAGUAGAGCUGACUGUGAAUCAUCAAGCACAUCAAAGACUUAGCCAAAAUCACCAGCAAAACUUAAACGUUGACAGCCAACAUGCUCCAGAGGCCAAAAAUGGCUCUGAAGAAAUGGUUCAGAAAAAAAAUAUCAGCGGCCUUACACAAGCAACUGUAAAUGCAACGGCUACCCUAACAGUUAUUCAUGAUAAAACUACUCCAAGGAUUUCUGAAGUACAGCCACUUCCUGAGCAUUUGACUAACCAAGCUGAUGAGAAUGCUCAGGUUUCUACAUCUGAAUUGCAAGGUUCUCCUUUGAUUAAUAAAAACAGGCAGGUAUUCAUUCCUGAAAUGAACCAUGGACAAAGACAAGUAGGUAAUGUUAUCCUAAAUUCAAGUUACUCUUCUGUCCCAGAAGAACAUGCAUCUGGGCAUAACGUGGACCAGUUCAAGAACAAUCAUGCAUUUAUUCCUGAGAUGGAUCAUGGGCAAAGCCCUGGAGGAAUCACUAUUCUCAAUUCAAGUUACUCAUCAGUUCCAACAGAGCAUCCACAUGGCAUUACUACGAAACCUUAUGUUACAGGGCAAGGUGUAGAUUAUGCAUCUGGGAACAAUAUAGAAAAGUUCAAAAAUAAUUAUCUUAUAAAUAAAGGUGCUAACUAUGAUUCUAGGCCAAACAUAAUUGGAAGUGUUCCCGUCAUAAAACUACAAGAAAUACGUGUGCUUCCAGCACUAGUUCAUAGCUUAACCCCAUUGCAAGGUCAUGAUAGUGCUCUUAGUCGUAAUGCGGUGCUAGAACCUUUUGUUGAUUACGAGAAUAGCUAUAGAACAGGAACAAUUCCUCUGGAAGAAGGGCUUGGUAUUUUACGAAUAGUCUCACAAGUUGGUCAUGGCACGGAUCCAGCUUCAAGAUAUGCUGGAAAUUAUGGAGUAGUACCUGUUCAAACCCAUGGUAAAAAUCAUAACUUGGACACAAUUAAUUUCUUACAGGACCAUGCAGUAAAAAUAGUUCCAAAUCAGAACAGCAGACUUGAUAAGCCAGCUUACCUUCCUCAAGGAAAUACUCUGAGGACCAAAUUUCAUCGUACAAUCAGUCCUCAGCAAAGUCGAGGGGUGACAGGAAGACCAAGCAUAGCAUACCACACAACAAAGCCACAUAUAAAUCAAAGAAAUAGUUUCCCUACACCUUCAGGGUUUCAAAAUUCCUUUCCACAAAAUCAUGGUCGCAACUUUCCUUCCAGUGUCAUACCAAGAUUGGGAUACAGUGUUAACCAAAGGGUAGCUCGCAUAGAGUCCCUUGUUCAUGAUGGAAAAACGGGCACCUUGAAUUCAGCCUUCCGCUUGAGAGAUCGAAUCAGACCCAAAGUACCACGUAGGAAGGGCAUUCUCAUCCACAGAAAUGGGCACAUCCAUCCUUAUAGCCCCCAAGUAAUUGAAAAUAACCUUAAGAAUGUUCAUAGCAGAGGUCACCAUCAGCAUCCAAGAAGGCAUCAACUGAAAGUCAGGCCUAUAGUUAGUGCAAUACCGGGAACCCCACGGUCCAGAAGCGUGCCUGUGUUCGUCAAGCCAAAAGUGCCGCUGCCCAUAUCAUAUAGACCUUCUUACCAGGAAAGGAUAUAUAAUCCUUAUCUUUACCCUAAAUCAGUGGUUCUCAACCAGGGUGGAAUUCCCCCCUAGGGGGGAAUAUCAAAAUUUCGGGGUAACUGUAACCACAGACUGGCAAGCUCAAACUGGCUCUAGGGCCACGCAAAAUGCAGCGUUCAUUGGUCCUCACUAACUUGUAUGUUUAUGAUAGUAGUUUGUUGCAUAUUAUUUGAAAUGCAACUUUGGAGGCAAACAAUUCUGGAAAGGGGGUGGGGGUGACAUUCUGACAUAAAGUGAAAGAGUGCAAGGUCCAAAAAAGGUUGAGAAUCACUGCCCUAAAUUGCAUUAGGGGUAACUUGGAUCUCACCCUAUUCCAGGAAAACGACCAUGAUAUCUCAUGAGAAGAAAAUGGUUAAAGUUUGUUUAUUAUGCAUGAGAAACCUUCACAAAUAACAAGCAAUAUCAUACGAUAGAAAUAACUUUAAGUCAUGAUUCCCACGUGCAACCUACAACUUACAAUUUUUUAUUUAUUUUAUUUUUUAAGAUUAGAAUUCUAGACUAUGUGCUGAUGUGUUUGAAGCAAAAUGGCGAGAAUGUACAUUCCUAGGAGUCUUCACUCCACAAGGCAUUGCAAGGUUUUGAGUAAGAUGCCAAUGCUUAGUUAAGGUCUCGCUGAUGAUCCAGGGUUUUUAUGAUGCUCAAAAGUUAUUUUGAUUACUACCAAUGUUGUUGCUACUCUUUUUACUUCUACGGCUAACAAUAACACUAUUCUUUUAUACCUAAAUGUAAGUCCUAGUAUAAGUACUAAUGUAAUGUUUUAACUAAUA